AUGAGAGGUCUCAAAGACUAUGUCGGGACGAAAAUCCAUCCGCUGGUCAAAAGUCGAAACUGGCACCGGAUCACAAUCCGAGGACACUAUGUGCGAGACGGCGAGAACGUGCACGUCUCGUCCCUAGAAAAGAAAAAGGGCUUUAACUGGCAACGACCCACGGCCACUAUUAUCGACGAGAAUACGCUGGAGAUUUCCUGCUUCCCCGGGCGGGACUACGUGCUACAUUAUGCGAAGCUACUCGCGGCCGAUCUAGCGCUGAGAAAGGUUAAGAGAUCGACGACAACGCUGGAGUAUAUACUCCCUUCAACGGAAGAAUGUAUGGAUAUCCUCUUGAAGUCGAAUUUGAAGCACUUGGAUGGUGUCGACACUUUGGUUCUCGGAUAUGUGGGUUACCUGUCAUCCACCAAACCCCCCGCCCCCUCCGCUCCCUGGGAGACGGGCGAUAGUGUCUCGGGCUCCGAUGGUUCGACCCAGCUGUUUGCAUGGAGACGGUUCACCCGCCCGGAUGGAACGAAGAUCGCCUUUUUGGCGAGCAAGAUGAGCCUCUGGGGUGAUAUCAUCGGGAACGUUGUGCGAGCUCAGCGGCAGCUCAGCAAAACCUCUGUUACCUCCGUUAUCUAUAUGGGCAAGGUGGGGGCGUUGAAGCCAGAGGAUAAACCCUACGCGUCGCUGGCUACGGGUCAUGGGAGUUUUAUUGAUGGCAGUGAUCAAGUUUGGAACAGUGCACUCGAUGCCACGAUUUCGACUUUUCAUUUUUCUUCUUCUACCCUCAAGCAAGGAAAGCAUAUCAACGUGGCUUCACCGUUAGACGAAACCAAGACCUGGUUUGGGGAGUGGAAGUCCAAAGCGUCUUGGGUGGAUUGCGAAGUGGGCUAUCUCGCCCAGGCCUGUGAAGAGGGCAAGGCCCAGUUCGGGUAUCUCCAUUUCAUUUCCGACAAUGUGGACGGCCCUGGCGGAUAUACUCUAGGUAGUAAGUAUGGCAACGAAAAAGGGUCACGGAAGACACUUCUCGGCUUGAUGCGCUGGGUUCUGGCGGAUUAUUUGGAUUUAGAUGUGCUCCGCCGCGUGCCACUAUAUUGGGACGAUCACAGCGAAUUUCCGGAUCUAGAUCCAGAGUGUGAUCCGGAGAAUGACUUCCCAGAAUGA